UCACGGGGGGAGUCGAUCGCAGAGUCGACGCCGACGCUGAUGCAACACACUUGACAUCUCGCUCUCAGCCACCGCUCGUUGUAAGAAGACGGGGGUUUUUUUGGAGAAGACUCUGCAUCAUGGCCGAUCAGCUGAGUCCGGAUGAGAAGUUCCAGCUCAUAACGAGGAACCUCCAGGAGGUCCUCGGAGAGGAGAAGCUGAAGCAGGUUCUUCAGGAGAGGGAGCUGAAGGUGUAUUGGGGCACGGCGACCACCGGGAAACCCCACAUAGCGUACUUUGUCCCCAUGUCCAAGAUAGCGGACUUCCUCAAGGCUGGAUGUGAGGUCACUAUUCUGUUUGCAGACCUGCAUGCCUUCCUCGACAACAUGAAGGCCCCCUGGGAGCUGCUGGAGCUCAGGGUGAAGUACUACGAGCAGGUCAUCAAGGCCAUGUUGGAGAGCAUCGGCGUGCCCCUGGACAAACUCAAGUUUGUCAAAGGAACCGACUACCAGCUCAGCAGAGAGUACACGCUGGACGUGUACCGACUGUCCUCCAUGGUGACGGAGCACGAUGCGAAGAAGGCCGGAGCCGAGGUGGUCAAACAGGUGGAGCAUCCCAUGCUGAGUGGUCUGCUGUACCCGGGUCUGCAGGCUCUGGACGAGGAGUACCUGAAGGUGGACGCCCAGUUUGGAGGAGUUGACCAAAGGAAGAUCUUCACUCUGGCAGAGAAGUACUUGCCUUCUCUCGGCUACGCUAAGCGCUCCCAUCUGAUGAACCCGAUGGUACCCGGACUGACGGGGGCCAAGAUGAGCUCCUCGGAGGAAGAGUCAAAGAUCGAUCUGCUGGACUCUGCCGGGGAAGUGAAGAAGAAGCUGAAGAAGGCGUUCUGUGAGCCGGGCAACAUCCAGAACAACGGAGUCCUCUCCUUCGUCAAAUCGGUGGUCUUCCCUCUCUGCGGAGAGUUCUGCAUCAAAAGAGACGCCAAGUUGGGCGGAGACAAAAUCUACACCGCGUUUGAAGAGGUGGAGAAGGACUUUGCUGAGGAGUCGGUCCAUCCCGGAGACCUGAAGGCCUCCGUGGAAGUAGCGCUGAAUAAACUGCUGGAGCCAAUCAGGAAGAAGUUUGAGUCGCCUGAGCUCCGCAAACUCUGCAACAGCGCCUACCCCGGCCCCUCAAAGACGAAAGGAGGAAAGGGUGCCAAAGCAGCAGGAGGAGGAGAGGAUGAUGAGCUGGCCCCCUCCAGAGUGGACAUCAGAGUGGGCAGGAUCAUCAGUGUGGGGAAGCAUCCGGACGCCGACUCGCUGUACCUGGAGAAGAUUGAUGUGGGAGAGGCGGAGCCGAGGACGGUCGUCAGCGGGCUGGUGGCCUUCGUUUCCCAGGAGGACUUGCAGGACAGAUUGGUGCUGGUGCUGUGCAACCUGAAACCCCAGAAGAUGCGAGGGAUUGAGUCUCAAGCCAUGCUGCUGUGUGCCUCUGUUGAAGGGGAGCCCAGGAGGGUGGAGCCUCUGGACCCUCCAGAGGGAUCGUCACCGGGUGACCGGGUCUUCGUGGAGGGAUAUGAGACGGGAAAACCAGACGAGAGACUCAACCCCAAGAAGAAGGUGUGGGAGAAAGUCCAGGCCGACCUGAAGAUAUCGGCCGAGUGCGUGGCUCAGUGGAAAGACCAGCAGCUGAUGACGAAGCUCGGACGGGUCACGUGUAAGACCCUCAGAGGAGGCAACGUCAGCUAGACCCGCCACCUGGAGCGCUUUAGUCAAAGGAACGACCCCGGCUUCAUCUGGAGGCGUUUCCUGGAGAAUUAUGGGACAUUGACGCCAUCUAAGAUUUUAUUCUUGAAUAUUGUAUGACACUAUAAUUCAUUACGGUUUCUUUUUUUUUUUUUUUAAACCUGGUUUCCUUUUGGUGUUCACACACUUAAAUAUAGAAAUACGAGACGUACUGUCACUCCAAGAUGAUGGGACUUAAUGUUUCAGUACUUUUUACGGGUUUAAAUGGAUUUCCUUGUGUGUCGGGGCAAAUCCACAAAACCUGAUGAAUAAAAACAUGUUUUAUGGGUUUCAGACAGCAGGUGCAUAUAUUUAGAUAAUCAAUAUGCCAUGUACUAUAAGACAUAGGACGGCUGCGUUGGGGGGAGAACUGUACGGAAAUCAAUAUCUGGACAUUAACUGUCAUGAAAUCAAAUGAUGCAUCAGCUCUAUUAUGGAAUAAAUGCUGCCUGAACUCUG